CAGGGGCGGACUGACUAUUUGGAAACUCGGGCACUGCCCAAGGGCCCGGGGUCAGUAGGGGGCCUCAUGAGAUGCCUCUGGUUCCUUUUUCAUAGGCUUUUUUGAGUUUGGGCAAGGACACAGGGGCCCCAUGAUCCCCUAUUGCCCGGGGGCCCCAUGAGUUGUCAGUCCGCCCCUGUCUAUGAGUGAUUGGUCAGUUGUCAUUGUUUUAGGACCAGACAUUUUGCUUGUCAGU